ACUGCGGAAAAGAACCUAGAAGACUUGGAUUUCGCCGAUGACUUGUGUCUGAUGUCACACAAACUUGAAGAUCUACAGGCAAAAAGUAACAAGUUGGCAGAAGAGGCGAGGCAGCGAAGACGGGACUUCAAGUGAAUAUAGAGAAGACAGAGGUGAUGAAGAUACCACACCAACAACUCCAACAACAACAACAAACUCCAGUCACCAUCAACGGGAGAAGCUUAAAGGAAGUAACCUCCUUCACCUAUCUAGGCAGCACUGUUUCAACUACAGGCGGGACAGACGAGGAUGUCAAAGUCAGAAUCGGAAAAACAGCAAGACAGGCGUUCAUUAGCCUGAAACCAGUGUGGAGAUCUUCUGCACUCAGCCUGGAAUGUGAACAAGAUGCGGAUUUUCAACACCAACGUCAAGUCAGUGCUUCUGUAUGGUUCAGAGACUUGGCGCGUCACGAAAGGGAUUUCCAAUAAACUACAGACAUUCACCAACAACUGCUUACGCUCGCUACUGAAGAUCAGAUGGCCAGAAUAGUGAGAAUAAGCAACAAGGAGCUCUGGGAACGAACCAACCAAGAACCUAUCA